GGAUCGCUUUGACAGGUUGCCGCCUUGUGCCCGUUCACGCCGCAUCUGAGGCAGCAUCCGGUGCGAUCCACCGCGCUCUUGCACCUGAUUGCUAGAUGCCCAAACUCCAGACACCUGUAGCAUCGUCGUUGAGCUGUCCGCUCCCGGAUCCUACAGCUUGUCCAUCCGACUUUAAGUUUCCCCACCAUGAGCAGGGCUCUUGCCUGCACGGGCGGCAGGCACACAACUGCCAGUUGCGUACCAGCGAACGAUGGCCUCAGGCUUUUAAUGGCGCUGGUGUCCACGCUGGGGGCGUCUAUCGAUGCAGCUAUCGCUGCUGCGAUGUCCUCCUUCUCGACCAGGCUGUCGAGAUCCCUGACCUCCACGCAGAGUUCUUCUGACACCGCCCUGAUGCCCGUCUGCAGUCCCAGUGCCGCGCUGAUAUCCUCCUUGAGCUUAGCUGUGUUGCUUUUGCUCGCGCCGUUGAGCUCGAGCAGCAGCUCGCCCUUUGCCGUCCUCCGGAUUCUGUUAACAUUAUCCCCUACCUCCUGAAGCUUGCCAUCCUGGCGCCUGGUGACCAUACGGAGGAUGUCGCUAUAGCUAAGCUCGCCCUGG